AUGGCAGGGGGCCGGUCCUGGGCCCCGGCACACCUCGCCUUGCUGGCUGGGCUCCUGUGCCUCUGCAUGUCUGCCGUGCUGCCCCAGGUGCCCGACCCCGAGCUCUUCACCACAGCGCCUCCAAAAAAGCCAGAUCCCAUCACGUCAGAGACAGUUGUCUUCUGGGGUCUGAGACUGUGGCAGGUCAUUGGGGUCUUUUCCAUGUUUGGUCUAGCAGUAGUGAUAACUCUGUGCUGCAUCUUCAAGUGUCGGAUUCCCAGGACCAAGAAAGAGAUUGAGGCAAGGCAUGCUCAGAGGCAGGCAGCCAAGAAGUACGCCAACACCCUGGAGACCGUACCCCCGCUGAACGAGCUCACCGAGAUGCCCGGAGCUGCAAUGACUGAGGAGAAAGCCGAGGUGUCCACUGUCUCCGGAAAGGUGGAUGGAGAAAAGGGAGAGAAGAAGGGUGCAAAGGAUGCCAAUAAGAAGGAGGGAAAAGGAGGCAAGGAGGGUAAAGGUGGCAAGGAGGGCACUGGCAAGGAGGGCACGGGCAAGGAGAAGGAGGGCUCCACCAAGAAGAAAAGGGACAAGGGUAGCGAGAAGAAUGCUGACACUGGAGGGAAAGGCAAAAAGGCGGGUGAGAAAGGAGGAGCUGAAAAAGGAGGAGCCAGUACCAAGGGUGGGACCAAAGGAGGGGCCAAGAAACCACCAGCAAAAAAAUAA